AUGGCCCAUAGCAAUGACGACGCCGACCUGGAUCCGAUAUGGCAGGAUCUCGACCGUGCCAUUGGGCAGAUCCUGAUUAUGGGUUGGGAUGGCACUGAAGUCACCCCCCAGAUCAGGAGCCUUAUCGAGGAUCACCAUCUCGGCUCCAUUAUCCUCACUGCCAAGAACCUCAAGUCUGCCCAACAAACUGCUGAACUUGUUCAAGAACUACAGACUAUCGCCAAGAAUGCGGGUCAUCCACAACCCCUGUUGAUUGCUCUUGACCAAGAGAAUGGGGGCGUCAACAGUCUAUUUGACGAGGACUAUGUCUGUCAAUUCCCAAGUGCAAUGGGAGUUGCGGCCACAGGUCGAGCAGACCUUGCCUAUGAAGUCACCAAAGCUACGGCAACUGAGAUCUCUGCUUGUGGUGUGAACCUCAUGCUAGGUCCAGUUCUUGAUGUCUUGAACAACGCUCGCUACCAACCUCUGGGAGUUCGCGCAACGGGAGACGACCCGCAGGAAGUAUCUCAGUAUGGUCUUGCUGCCCUGAGAGGAAUCCGUGAUGCAGGGAUAGCUUCCUGCGGGAAACACUUCCCUUCAUAUGGAAACUUGGACUUUCUUGGUUCAAAUCUAGAUGUUCCCAUUAUUACCCAAACACUGGAAGAACUGAGCAUAAGUGCUCUGGUUCCCUUCCGAAACGCCAUUGGGUCUGGCAAGUUGGAUGCCAUGUUCAUCGGGGGCUGCGGUAUAUCCAACCCGUCCAUGAGCGUGAGCCAUGCUUGUCUAUCCGACCAAGUGGUGGAUGACCUGCUCCGCGAUGAGCUCGGUUUCAACGGCGUUGCCAUCUCAGAAUGCUUGGAGAUGGAGGCCCUCAGUCAUGAACUUGGUGUACAGAACGGUGUUGUCAUGGCAGUGGAGGCGGGCUGUGAUCUGGUCCUCCUCUGCCGUGCCUACGAUGUUCAACUCGAAGCUAUCAAGGGAUUGAAACUGGGCUACGAGAACGGCAUCAUCACCAAGGAGAGAAUCUUUACUUCGCUGAGGAGAGUUCUUCAGCUCAAGUCAACUUGCACAUCUUGGAACAAGGCACUGAACCCUCCAGGCAUUUCCCUCCUCUCUCAACUUCACCCAUCCCAUCUUGCCCUAUCACUCCGCGCCUAUGAUGACUCCAUCACUGUCAUUCGGGACAAGGAGAAGCUACUCCCCCUCUCUGCCUCAAUGCACCCAGGAGAAGAAUUACUUCUACUCACGCCCUUGGUCAAGCCACUUCCCGCAUCCUCUCUGACCAAAAAGCUCCUCAGUACCAAGGGCGACCAAAGCCAAGCGUGGGGUUCUCACCACAUAUGGGCACAUAAUGACCGAGACCGCAGCGCCAUCAUGAGCGGAGAGGGUGUGUUUCGAGAGUUUGGUAAAUCUCUUGCGCGAGCCCGCAACGAAAAGUUGCUCCAUACCAGCUAUACAGCGAAUGGAGUACGCCCAGUGCAUGAAAACUUGAUCCAUAGGGCAUCUUGUAUCAUUAUUGUCACGGCUGAUGCCAACCGAAAUCUCUACCAAGCUGGCUUUACCAAGCACGUCGACAUGAUGUGCGCGAUGCUUCGGAGUAGAGGCCAGAAGAAGCAGUUGAUCGUGGUGGCAGUCAGUUCACCCUACGACUUUGCCAUGGACAAGUCAAUUGGCACGUACCUCUGCACCUUUGACUUUACGGAGAACGCUCUGCACGCUCUUGCAAGGGCACUUGUGGGAGAUAUUACACCUCUUGGGACCCUACCGGGCACCUUGAGGAAGAGCAAGAAGGUCCUCAAAUCAAGACAACACUGGCUCGUUGAGGAGUAUCACACAGACCGUGAUGCCUCUGGCCUAGAAGAUCUUAUACGAGCUAUCCACCGAGCAAGUGCACCAGAUCUACAAUUCCUACGGACCACAACUGCUGCAACCUUUCAACUCAAGAACCCCAACAUCGCUGAGGCUCACGUGGUUGUGAGAAACAGCAGCACAGGCGCUCUGUAUGGCUUCGCUGCCACCUACUUUUUGCACGGAGUUGGCAUCUUGGCAGCGAUCUUUGUUGAUCCUUCUAAACGGGAUGUAUCCAUCGGUAGAUCCCUCCAUCGGCGGGCGCUCAGGAGUCUCAUGCAGCGGCGCGGUAUCAAAAAGGUCCAACUUGGCUCUGCCUUUCCUGGCGUCUUCCUGGGAAUCCCCGUCGACAUUGAGGUGAAUACCGUCAAGGAGUGGUUCUCAAACAGCGGCUGGGAUGUGCAAUUCCCUCGAAGAGUCACCAACAUGAUUAUCCAAGACCUCCCCAACUGGUCUGCCCCAGAGGGUCUACUACAGAGCAUACAACGGGCCAACAUCAGCUUUGACCUGAUUCACGGUCUGGACAACGGGGACGGUGUCCUUAGCCACGUUCGUACGCACGCCAAUGCAGAGAUCCUUGAGCUGUAUCGAUACGCUCUAUCCGACAACAAGUCAUGCGGAAUUGUGCGUGCAAAGGACGCGACGGGCAAUCUACUCGGCACUAUUAUUAUCUCGAAACAACAUGGCUCUCUGGCAACACACGUACCAGCUCUGUUGUCCCAUACUGAGGACAUCAGUGGUAUCCUUGCACCAAUUGUCCCAGCAAUGCCACAGUCAAACCUCGUUUUGCAAGGCUUGGCACUCAUGGGUGUCCGCCAGAGCAAGGGUCACAAGGCAGCCAAGGUUGUUUUGGGCUGGGUUGUGGAUGAUGGCACUGAGCCGCUGGCUGCCAUGGGAUUCGAGUCGCUUCAAGCUUUUGAAGAAAUCACUAACUCUCCAGAGAAUGUAAGCAACAAGCCAGACCUUUACUUGAAGCACUAUCUAAUCAUGCAGCAGUUUUCGAAUCUUGGAUGA